UACAUGGACACGACAAAAUCUACUACGUCUUGUUUCUUUCUUUCUUUCUGUUUCCUCCACGAAUAUCGCGUUGACUUUUCUGUUGACCGUACCAUGUUCUUCUCCAAAUUCUUUUCCUGUUUGCAGAAGUGUCGGAAGAAGCACGGCACUGUCUCCGAUGACAACGACGACGACAAUGAUACCAUUGACGCCGUUGAUUCUUCUUCAAAUCUGUUAUUUGAGCUUCAUACUCUUCAACUUGCUACCAAUUUCUUCUCUGAGCUUAACCAACUUGGUCGUGGAGGAUUUGGUCCUGUUUUCAAGGGAUUGAUGCCAAAUGGUGAAGAAGUGGCAAUAAAAAAGCUGUCAAUGGAAUCUAGACAAGGAAUUCGUGAAUUUAUGAACGAAGUUCGGCUAUUACUAAGAAUUCAGCACAAGAAUUUAGUCACUUUACUAGGUUGUUGUGCAGAAGGGCCAGAAAAGAUGCUUGUCUACGAAUAUCUACCAAACAAAAGCCUCGACCACUUUCUAUUUGAUAAAAAGAGGUCCUUGGAUUGGACGACACGAUUUAAAAUAAUUACCGGUGUGGCAAGAGGACUUCUCUACCUGCACGAAGAGGCCCCGGAAAGAAUUAUUCACAGAGACAUUAAAGCUAGUAACAUAUUGCUAGACGAGAAAUUAAAUCCGAAAAUUUCAGACUUUGGUUUGGCAAGACUGUUUCCUGGAGAGGAUACUCAUGUGCAGACAUUUAGGAUUUCCGGUACACAUGGUUACAUGGCUCCUGAAUAUGCAAUGCGUGGAUAUCUUUCUGUAAAGACUGAUGUUUUCAGUUAUGGAGUGUUGGUGUUGGAAAUAGUUAGCGGGAGGAAAAACCACGAUGUGAAGCUUGGUUCCGAAAAGGCAGAUCUCCUAAGCUAUGCAUGGAAGCUUUAUCAAGGAGGGAAGAUUAUGGAUUUAAUAGACCAAACCAUUGGUAAAUACAAUGGCGACGAGGCUGCAAUGUGCAUUCAGUUAGGUUUACUAUGCUGUCAAGCAAGUAUAGUAGAAAGACCAGACAUGAAUUCAGUUCAUCUUAUGUUAUCAAGUGAUUCAUUCACUUUGCCAAGACCAAGUAAACCAGGAAUUCAGGGUCGUGUCGGAAAAUGGAAUACAACCAGUACUUCUGCUUUGACCAAUACUAAUGCUAGUAGUGCUACAAAGGCUUCAGGUGGUAGUAGUUUUGUAGAGGAUUAUUCUAGAAAUUCUAUUUCUACUUCUUCUUUUGAUGAAGGUAGAUAGAUUAAUUACAUUCAUAGAGUAUAUUCUUUUUGUAAUAUUUAUAUUUCUCCUAGUAUAUAUAUAGUUAAUAGUUUGAUGUAUAUAUGACUAUAACAAGCUUGUGGAUAGACAAUUCUAUUCUUUUAAUGAUAUUAUUAUUCAUGUCUUUUAGUCUAUAAUCUGAAAGAUAGA